AGAACAGGGAGUACGACACGUUGAAGCUGAGGCAGGUCAAGUGUGACUUCAGAUCAGAAGAUGAGUGGUUGUGUGGAGGAAGAGGAGGACGGAGCAGAGUCUGUAGUAUCCGGCUGUCUGUCUGUGAAGAGUGACCGGUCCAAAGGUUGGCCUCUGAACUUCAGUAAUGAACCUGGACCCUCAGACACAAAAUUUCAGUCCAAACAGAGAGCAGAGUCUGUAGUUUCUGGCUGUCAGUCUAUGAAGAGUGACCGGUCCAAAGGAGAACCUCCAUCCUUCAGUACUGAACCUGAACCCUCAGACAUAAAGAAGAGGAAGAGGAGUGAUGAGGAGGAGCAGCCGUCCUGCUGUGCUUCCUGUCAGGACGUCCUGAAGGAUCCCGCCUCUACUAGCUGUGGACACUGGUUCUGCAGACGGUGCAUCAGCUCAUACUGGGACCAGUCUGCUUCACCAGGAGACUCCUCCUGUCCCCAGUGUGGACAAAGAUCCAGAACCAGUAAGACUGUCCCUCUGUCUGCUGAUGUCUUCCUGUCUGAAUACAGGACCUUGCCUGGUGGUCUGCAGGAGAUUUUAGAUGAAUAUAAGAUCAGUCUGAGGAGGAGAUGUGAACGUGUGACUGAAGGAAGUGAUGGAACAGGAAGUGUAACCCUCCUCAACAGGAUCUUCACUGAGCUCUACAUCACAGAGGGACAGAGUGAAGAGGUUAAUACCCAACAUGAGGUGAGGCAGCUGGAGACAGCUUCAGAGAAGAAGACCGUCCACGACACUCCAAUCAGGUGCCAGGACAUCUUUAAAGCCUUACCUGACCAACAGGGACACAUCAGAGUGGUUCUGACGAACGGCGUUGCUGGCGUUGGAAAAACUUUCUCGGUGCAGAAGUUCAGUCUGGACUGGGCAGAGGGUUUGGAGAACCAAGAUGUCAGUGUGGUGAUUCUGCUUUCGUUCAGGGAGCUGAACUUGAUCAGAGAUGAGCAGUACAGUCUUCUGGAGCUGCUCCAUGUUUUCCAUCCAACAUUACAGAAGGUCCCAGCAGAGAGGCUCGUCGUCGGUAAACUUCUGUUCAUCUUUGACGGCCUGGAUGAAAGCAGACUUUCACUGGAUUUCAACAACAAGGAGGUUGUGUCUGAUGUCACACAGAAGUCAUCGGUUAACGUGCUGCUGACAAACCUCAUCGGGGGGAAUCUGCUUCCCUCGGCUCUCGUCUGGAUAACUUCCCGACCCGCGGCGGCCAAUCAGAUCCCUCCUGCGAGUGUCGACAGGGUGACAGAAGUACAAGGCUUCACUGACGCCCAGAAGGAGGAGUACUUCAGGAGGAGUGUCAGUGAUGAAGAGCGCUCCAGCACCAUCAUCUCACACAUCCAGAGAUCCAGGAGCCUCCACAUCAUGUGUCUGAUCCCAGUCUUCUGCUGGAUCACUGCUACAGUUCUGGACCACAUGUUGACUACAGAGCAGAAAGGGGAGCUGCCCAAGACCAUGACUGACCUGUACUCACACUUCCUGCUGGUUCAGACCAAGAAGAAGAAGCAGAAGUAUGAUGAUGGACAUGAGACGAGUCCACAGGAGCUGAUGGAGGCUGACAGAGAAGUUCUUCUGAAGCUGGGGAGGCUGGCGUUUGAACAGCUGCAGGAAGGAAACAUCAUGUUCUACCAAGAAGACCUGGAGCGCUGUGGUCUCCAUGUCACAGAGGCCUCGGUGUACUCAGGAGUUUGUACAGAGAUCUUCAAAAGAGAGAGUGUGAUCUUCCAGAAAACAGUCUACUGCUUCGUUCAUCUGAGCGUUCAGGAGUUUCUGGCUGCAGUCUACAUGUUCCACUGUUCCACCAACAGGAACACAGGGGUACUGGAGGCAUUUCUGGGGAAAAGAGAAGAAGAAGAAGAAGACCAUGAUUAUUAUGAUGACGAUGAUGAUGAUGACUGGGACAAUAAAAACAGUUGCCCAUCUCUGGAUGUCUUCCUGAGGAGAGCCAUGAAGAAAUCCCUUGAAAGUAAAAAUGGCCACCUGGACCUGUUUGUUCGUUUCCUUCAUGGCCUCUCUCUGGAUUCCAACCAGAGACUGUUAGGAGGCCUGCUGGGUCAGACAGACAACAGUCCAGAAGUCAUCCAGAGAGCCAUCAACAACCUGAGGAAGAUAAACACUGAGAAGAUCUCUCCUGACAGAAGCAUCAACAUCUUCCACUGUCUGACGGAGAUGAACGACCUCUCAGUCCAUCAGGAGAUCGAAGAGUUCCUGAAGUCAAAGAACAGAUCAAAGAAGGAACUCUCUGAGAUCCACUGCUCAGCUCUGGCCUACAUGCUGCAGAAGUCAGAGGAGGUUCUGGAUGAGUUGGACCUGGACAAGUACAACACAUCACCGUGGGGACGACAGAGACUGAUUCCAGCUGUGAGGAACUGCAGGAAAGCUCAACUUUCUGACUGUGGACUCUCUGAGACUCACUGUGAAGUCGUGGCCUCAGCUCUGAAGUCCAACCCCUCCCAUCUGAGAGAGCUGGACCUGAGUUACAACAACUACCUGAAGGAUUCAGGAGUGAAGCGUCUGUGUGCUGGACUGGAGAGUCCAAACUGCAGACUGGAGACUCUGAGAUUGAAUGGCUGCAGUUUGUCAGUGAUCAGCUGUGCUUCUCUGGCCUCAGCUCUGAAGUCCAACCCCUCCCAUCUGAGAGAGCUGGACCUGAACUCUAACAAUCUGCAGGAUUCAGACAUGAAGCUGCUUUGUGAUUUGAAGGAGAGUCCGUACUGCAGACUGGAGACUCUGAGGUGGUCCUGAUCUCCAGUAGAGUCCAGUCCAGCAUGGUCGCUGUGUUCCUCUGGAUGUGACAGAGUAUCAUCAGAGGAUGUGGACUGCUCUGC